CGGCGACGGCUGUUUGGGUUUCUAGUUUUCUGCUCUUUCUCAUUCACCUCACGACCACCRCUGGUCGCUGCCGUAUGACGCACUACCGCGGAACGUCCUCUGAUAUUCUAUAAUAAUAAGUAAUAAUAAUAUCGUAUUUCGAUGGGUGCGUAUUUUUCACUCUAAAUAUCUGUCGAUACCUAUAAUAUUAUUAUCGUCACCGUUGGUCGACGCCGCUAUAGCAACAAUGAUCUAGCUGAACACCAACGCCGCGGUCCGCAGCGUCCGGUGGUUYACGUGGGAUGCRCCCCAAGUUUCCUUCGUCGUUGUCGUCUUCAUCUUCGCCAUGGUGGUCAUGGGCURUCGCAGGAGGAUUCGCCGUGGACUGCCGUGGGCGAUCGCCGUCCUAGUCACGUCAUGCCUGUUGCUGUGGUCGAAAAAUGACGAUCCCGUGGAGGUGGUCGACCUGCAAGCUGGUUCUGAAGACGACGACUGGGUGUCUCUGAAAUUAAAAAGAGACCAACAAGAAUUUAUUGAUCACAGAGGAUUGCAUGUAGUUGUUGGCCACUAUUUAGGAGAUGUUAACAAUGUGGGGGCAAGUGCGAAUCUCACCGAUGAGUUACUCAAUCGAAACAUGUUCGACCCAAAACCGAAGGAAGGACGUGACGGGACUCCGGUCAUUAUACCACCUCAUAUGUCCUUACAGAUGCAAAAACUCUACAGGAUUAACAGAUUCAAUCUAAUGGCCAGCGACCGAAUACCUCUGAACAGGUCUCUACCGGACGUCAGAAAAAAAUCAUGCAGGCUGAAAAARAUUGAUAUCGAUAAGCUUCCAUCCAGUACCGUAAUAAUUGUUUUCCACAACGAGGCUUGGUCGACGUUAAUGAGAACGGUCCAGAGCGUUAUAGAUCGUUCACCUAAAUAUUUGCUGAACGAGAUCAUUCUAGUCGACGAUGCCAGUACUCGAAAAUUUUUGGAAAAAGAUUUGGAUGCUUACGUCGCCAAAUUACCGGUCUCAACACGAAUUAUACGUUCACCAAAAAGGAUUGGUCUGAUAAAAGCGCGUUUGAUGGGAGCCCGGCAGGCGAAGGGUAAAAUAUUGGUGUUCUUGGAUGCGCACUGCGAGUGCACUUUGGGAUGGUUGGAAGCCCUAGUAAGUCGAGUUGCCGAAGACCGGAAACGCGUAGUGUGUCCUGUAAUUGACAUCAUAAGUGACGAGACGUUUGCCUACGUUAGAAGUUUCGAACUGCACUGGGGAGCGUUCAACUGGGAUUUACACUUCCGGUGGUACACGCGGACUACACCUGAUAUAAUGAAGGGUCAGCGGGAUAUCACCCAGGCGUUUAGGACCCCGGCGAUGGCUGGGGGGUUGUUUGCCAUGGACAAGUCAUACUUUUUCGAGCUGGGUGGAUAUGACGAAAAGAUGGAGAUUUGGGGCGGAGAAAAUUUAGAACUCUCGUUCAGGGUCUGGCAGUGCGGUGGCAGCAUCGAAAUAGCACCGUGUUCUCAUGUCGGUCAUGUGUUUCGGAAAUCGUCUCCCUACACGUUCCCUGGUGGUGUGUCUCACGUUCUGUAUACAAAUUUGGCACGAGUGGCGCUGGUUUGGAUGGAUGAGUGGCAAGAGUUUUAUUUCAAAUUCAACCCUGAAGCGGAAAAGUAUCGCGACGAACAACAGAUAAGGACGAGGUUGGAGCUUAAAGACCGUCUCAAGUGUAAAGGGUUCAAAUGGUAUCUGGACAACGUGUGGCCAGAACACUUUAUGCCAACCGAUAAAAGGUUUUUUGGCAAGAUCAAACACAUGUUGUCGAAUCGUUGUUUGGAAAAGCCAUCUGGACGUGGUUCGCUGAACCAGCCCAUGGGUCCGGUUGGGAUCAGAGCGUGCGAUGUUCAGGGACGUGCAUCUCUGUCGCUCAUGUUCGUCAUGGCCCCGGCCGAAGGGUUAGACUCCGGGGUAUGGUCCGGAUCUCUGAUGACCGACGAGUCUGUGUGCCUGGACACGCCUGAGCUGGAAGUGACCAAUGAAAUUGCCCUGAAGGUACGGAUCGUCGCUUGCACUGGUCAAAAACGGCAGCGCUGGAAAUAUGAUUCCAAGACUAUGAACUUGGUUCACAUACACACCGACUUGUGUCUGGAUUUACCAGCCGGCGAAUCCAGUAUCGUACUUAAAAGUUGUGCUGAUCAUGCUAGUCAGAAAUGGAUUUUUGAACAAGUACCAUGGAGAUGAUUAUAGAUGCCCGUCUGUUAAACUAUCUUUUGUGUACAUUAAUCAUUAUUUAAUUUAACAGUCAUCGAUUAUUUAUAUAAUGUCUUAGUUCCUGUAAUAUUGUUGGAUUUUGUAUUAAAACAACUUUUUURAUUUUUUUUWAAAUAAUAUUAAUAUAUUUUGUUGUUCAAACAA